ACGCAAUCCAGUCGAGUUAUAUCUCACCCAGCCAUCCGCCACCAUGGCCACACACACGGAGGAGCACACCUAUCACCCCAAGCCCACUGUUCAGAGGGCAUUGAAGACGUCCAUGCUGACAGCUGGCGCGGGUCUCUUCGCUUCGGCCGUCCAGAACACCCUCACCCGGAAGAAUGUUGGACCCUUUGGUGUGUUCGUCCGUAGCGGCAGCACCAUUGGAGUUUUCGCCGCCAUGGGAGGUACCUACGAGUUCGCAAAGAACGCCUCGGCCAACCUGCGGGAGACGGACGACCACUGGAACGUCGCAAUUGGCGGUUUCUUCUCUGGUGCGAUCCUGGGACUGAAGGCCCGCUCCUUCCCCGCUCUUCUGGGAUACGGUGCCGCCCUGGCCGCCUCCAUGGGCGCUUUCGAGUUCACGGGCGGAUCGCUGUGGGGUUACAACAGGGGAAAUACAGAGGAUGAGUUUGAUCGUCGGCAACAGCUCCGGACGGCCUACCGGACUUCCGGGGAGGAGACCGUUGCUCAAUUGGGCGAGGGACGCGGCGUCUACGGCCCCGGAUAUGCGGAGCGACGACGAGAAAGAAUCAAGGAGGCGUAUGGCAUCGAUGUUCCCACAACUCAGGCCCCGGCCUCAUGAAUAUAAUCCGGUCUGAAAUCAUGUUCUUCCGUUCUGCCC